AGCGAGAAAGCUUUAAUGGAGUCAUGUUGUCUGACUAUGAAAGCCAAUCCUCGUUUGUUGAAUGUGAGAAAAAACGGCUUUAACAAUGGAGAUAAUGCAUUUCUGGGGGAGAGAAUCAGAGGGAGUCUUGUUGAUAACAGUUUGUGGUUCAAUCAUGUUGAUAAUAAGAAAGAAACGAAGAUCAAAACCAGUUCUUCUGCGAUUCUCACAUCGAAUAAUCGCAGAGAAGCCAAGACCGUGCAACAACGUCGAUACGAUAGAAGAAAACUCGACCCCAAGAAUGUGGCCUCGAUCAUACUGGGAGGAGGUGCAGGGAUUCGUCUCUUUCCACUUACUCGAAGGGCGGCUACGCCUGCUGUUCCGAUCGGAGGAUGUUAUAAGCUGAUCGACAUUCCGAUGAGCAACUGUAUCAACAGUGGGAUAAACAAGAUCUUUGUUCUGACACAGUUCAACUCGGCUUCCCUCAACCGGCACCUUGCACGAACGUAUUAUGGCAAUGGUAUCAAUUUUGGAGAUGGAUUUGUGGAGGUUCUUGCUGCUACUCAAACGUCAGGAGAAGAAGGGAACAAGUGGUUCCAAGGAACAGCUGAUGCUGUGAGGCAAUUCAUAUGGGUAUUUGAGGAUGCAAAGAACAGGAACAUCGAGAAUGUAGUCAUCUUGUGCGGGGAUCAUCUCUAUCGAAUGGAUUAUAUGGACUUUCUACAGAGUCAUGUUGACAAUAAUGCUGAUAUUACAAUCUCAUGCGUGCCCAUGGACAACAGUCGUGCAUCUGAUUAUGGACUGGUGAAGAUCGAUGGAAGGGGGCGUAUUGUCCAGUUUUCCGAGAAGCCAAAGGGUGCUGAUUUGAUAGCAAUGCAAACAGAUACCACUCUUCUAGGGUUGUCUCCCCAAGAAGCCAAGAAAUCCCCUUAUAUUGCAUCAAUGGGAGUCUAUAUAUUUAAGACGUCGGUUUUAUUAAAGCUUCUGAGAUGGAGAUUUCCUUCUUCCAACGACUUCGGGUCGGAAAUCAUUCCUGCUGCAGUCAAGGAACAUGAUGUCCAGGCGUAUAUUUUCAAAGACUACUGGGAUGAUAUUGGAAACAUAAAGGCCUUUUAUGAAGCCAAUUUAGCACUCACUGAAGAGGUUCCUAAGUUCGAGUUUUAUGAUCCGAAGACACCUUUCUAUACAUCUCCUCGACACUUACCCCCAACGAAAAUCGAUAAAUGCAGGAUUAAAGAUGCACUAAUCUCCCAUGGAUGCUUCCUGCGAGAAUGUACUGUCCAACACUCGGUAAUCGGUGAACGCUCACGUUUGGACUCUGGUGUUGAGCUUCAGGACACGGUUAUGCUGGGAGCGGACUAUUACCAAACUGAAACUGAAAUCGCAUCUCUACUAGCAGGCAGUAAGGUCCCAAUUGGAAUUGGACACAAUACCAAAAUCAGGAACUGCAUUAUCGACAAGAAUGCUAGGAUAGGAAAAGAUGUAGUCAUUGCCAACACAGAUGGCGUCGAAGAAGCCGAAAGGCCGGAAGAAGGAUUCUACAUCCGGUCCGGAAUCACCGUCAUACUAGAGAAGGCAACGAUUGAGAAUGGUACCGUUAUAUAAAUGGAUCGUAAAUUACUUCCGGGGACAGCUCGGAGCUCGGAAUUCAAUAGGGCUCUAUUGAAAGUUGUUAUGGUGGGAGGAGGUUCUGAAGGGUGGCGUUUGCAUCAUUUUGCAUAAAAAGAAAAGCUGCAUUACUAUCAAUUACGUUUUAUGUAAAUCAAAAGUUCGUUUUGCAGUGUAAAUUACGUAAUAGAAUUCAUGAAAAUAAAUCAGGCGGCUAAGCACAA